AUGGUCAAUAUAAGGCCCGCUCGGGUAGAAGACCUCACAGGCAUGCAGGCCUGCAAUCUGCACAACCUCCCGGAAAACUACACCUUGAAAUAUUACCUCUAUCAUGCCUUGACAUGGCCGCAGCUGUCGUACGUCGCGGAGGAUGAGGGCAAGGUCGUUGGGUACAUCUUGGCGAAGAUGGAGGAAGAUGUUGCAGAAGGCGACGAGACGCAUGGGCAUGUUACCUCGAUAUCGGUCCUGCGCUCGUAUCGUCGACUGGGGCUUGCAAAACGUCUCAUGAUCCAGUCUCAGGAGGCUAUGGCGAGAGUAUACAAAGCUGCAUAUGUGUCCCUGCAUGUUCGCAAGUCAAAUCGCGCCGCACUAUCCCUCUACCGCGAUACACUGGGCUUCACCGUGAAGGACAUAGAAAAGGGCUACUACGCCGAUAGCGAAGAUGCAUAUGCGAUGCGGAUGUCGCUGAAGCAUUUGAGGUGA